AUGGUUGUGGAUGUUUAUAUAUCAUCGACCUCAGGAAAUACAAAAGUCAAAAGUAGACAACAAUAUAUUAUAAAUAUACUUAGUGCAGCUAAGAUACCCUUUGAAGUAAAAGAUAUAUCAUCCUCAGAGACUGACAAACAAUUCAUGUUCAAGGCUCUCGAAGAAAAUGGGAAAACAAUAAUAGCUCCUCAGCUGUUUCUUGGGUCGGAAUACCUAGGGGGUGGGGGUGUAGUGAAUGUUUUCAUGACUUAAACCAGCUGGCUUUACCCUUGACGGGGGAUUCUGUCUCAGGAGAACAAAUUCGUUUACGAAAUCGGUCUGAUGUAUUUUUGAAAACCGAACAUCUACGAACAUGUUUAUCCUAACAGUAGAAACUUUUUGAAGUACUGGAUGAUCUUAUGUUAAGUGAAUGUGAAUGUGCAUUCUGGUACAAUCAUUUGCACAUUUCCGUCGUCAAGAUUUUAGAAAAAUUGUUUUACACAUUCGGUUUUCUUUCAUUAGUUUGUAAGGGUUUGUAUUUUCCUUAUG